AUGGUCCGUGGCUUUGACUUUCUCUCGGCCAUCAUCACCGAGGAUGGCCACUGGGCCAACGACUACGGCGGCCCGCUCUUCCUCAUGCCGGGCCUCAUCAUCACGGCAUACAUUACCGGGACUGAGCUUGGUGAGCCGGUCAAGCUGGAGAUGAUCCGCUACCUGACCGGAAAGCAGACCGAGGAGGGCGGCUGGGGCCUCCACAUCGAGUCCCCCACCACCAUGUUUGGCACUGCCCUCAACUAUGUCUCAAUGCGCAUUCUCGGCGUGCCGGCGGACGACACGAGGAUGGCGCGGGCGCGGGCGUGGAUGCGCGAGAACGGAUCGGCGCUGUCGGUGCCGUCGUGGGGCAAGUUCUGGCUCGCGGUUCUCGGCGUCUACGAGUGGGACGGCCUCUAUCCGGUCCCUCCGGAGCUCUGGCUCCUCCCCGAGUGGCUCCCGCUGCAUCCGUCGCGGUGGUGGGUCCACUGCCGCAUUGUGUACCUUCCGAUGGGCUACCUCUACGGACGCAAGGCUGUGGGGCCGAUCACCCCGCUCAUUGUCGCCCUCCGCAACGAGCUCUACAACGCGCCGUACUUUUCCAUCGACUGGCCGGCGGCGCGGGCCAACAUCUGCCCCGCCGACUACUACACCCCGCACACCACUCUCCACCGGGCGCUGUUCAAGAGCCUUGCAGCGUACGAGGCGGUCCACUCGACGACGCUGCGGCAGGCCGCGCUCGACAUGACCAUCGAUCACAUUCGGGCCGAGGACGAGAACUCGUCGUACAUCUGCAUCGGGCCGGUCAACAAGGCCAUCAACAUGCUUUGCCGCUUCUUUGCCGAUGGCGGCGUCUCGGAGGCGGUGACCAAGCACGCCGAUCGCCUUGCUGACUACCUCUGGCUCGCCGGCGAUGGCAUGAAGAUGCAGGGUUACAACGGGUCGCAGCUGUGGGACACGGCGUUCACCCUCCACGCCUACCUCGCCUCGCCGCUCAAGGAGCGGUACAUAGCGACGCUCGACGCGGGAUACGAGUACAUCAACAUCUGCCAGGUCCGCGACAACGUGCCCAACAUGGUCAAGUACUACCGGCACGAGUCCAAGGGCGCAUGGCCGUUCUCGACGCGCAUCCACACCCACCCGAUCUCUGACUGCACUUCGCUCGCGCUCCGCGUCUGCCUCUCGAUUCGCCAGCUCAGCUCGCUCGUUCCGCGCGCCGACCGCAUCGCGCCCGAGCGCCUCUUUGACGCCGUCAACGUCAUUCUCUCGCUGCAGAACAACCACGCCAACGGCGGGUGGGCCACGUACGAGCUCCAGCGGUCGCCGCCGUGGAUCGAGGCCUUUAACCCGUCCGAGACCUUUGGCGCCAUCAUGGUCGACUAUGAGUACGUCGAGUGCACCUCCGAGUGUGUCCAGGCUCUCGUCGCCUUCCAUGCCCAGUUUCCGGACCACCGGGCCAAGGAAAUCCGCGCCGCCAUCAAGCGCGGCGUCAAGUUCAUCGAGUCCAUCCAGCUUCCUGACGGUUCGUGGUACGGCUCGUGGGCGGUGUGUUUCACCUACGGGACCUGGUUUGGCGUCGAGGGUCUCAUUGCCGCAGGCCGCAAGCCCACGGCCAAGUCGCUUGUCAAGGCCUGCGCCUUCCUGGUUGCCAACCAGAACAGCGACGGCGGCUGGGGCGAGUCAUUCCUCUCGUCGUCGGAAAAAGUGUACUCGCCGUGCGAGUCGCAAGUGGUCAACACCGCGUGGGCGCUCCUUGCUCUCAUCAAGGCUCGCCACCCGGACCGCGUCCCCAUCGAUGCCGGCAUUCGCUACCUUGUCUCCAAGCAGCUGCCGGACGGCAACUGGACCGAGGAGCGCAUCAAGGGCGUGUUUAACGCCAACUGCUCCAUCUCGUACCUCGCCUACAAGAACGUCUUUCCGCUCUGGGCUCUUGCCGAGUACACUUCGCACUACCCCAAGGCCAAGCUGUAG